GGCUGGUAAACCUGGUGAUGUCCCAGAAUUAGAAACCCUCUGUAUCUAAGGGGUCUUCAUUCUUAGCCAUUACCAUUUGUGACUCUUGAUACUUUGCACUCACCAUUUUUGGUGACAGUUUUGAGGUAGUAGCAAUCUCUGCUGUUGUUUCUGGCACAUGCUAAUUACACAAAGCAACACUGGGCAUGCGCGAAUUGGGGGCGAUGACAGAGUAGUUUUUCCAACGCUCCGUUGUCGACACAGUUACAGGACCGCAGCACAACGUCACAGCUGUACACCUGAGGAGUCAAGCCUCUCCCGACGCUUCAUCAUGGCCGAAAUGGACGCGAGUCCGUUUUCUCUGAUUAGUCUGGAGGAUGAGCUGACCUGCAGCAUCUGUUUGAGUCCCUUUGACUGUCCGGUGACCAUCCCCUGCGGACACAACUUCUGCCAGGACUGCCUCCUCGCCACCUGGAAGGACUCCUACAGCUGUCCUCAGUGUCGGACCCACUUCGCCACCAAACCGGAGCUGAAGAAAAACACGGUCCUCAGCACCGUCGUGGAGACCUUCAACUUGAGGACGAGCAAGAGCGAGGCCAGCCUGAUAGCAGAGGAGAGCAAAGCCGAGAAAGAGGAGGUCAUACGGUGUGAUACAUGUAUGGAAGCAGAAGCGUCUCAGACCUGCCUCACCUGCAUGGCCUCUUUCUGCGAGAAGCACCUGCGGCCUCACCGGGAAAACCCGACCUAUAGGCUCCACCAGCUGAGUCAGCCCCUCGGAGACCUGUCGGAGCGGAUCUGCCCGGACCACCACAAGCUGAUGGAGCUUUUCUGCAGCAAACACAACCGUACUAUCUGCAGCCUCUGCCUCCAGCAGGUGCACAAAGGCUGCUCCUUCAUAUCCUUCGAGGAGCAGAGGAACCUGAAAGAGCUUGGCCUGAGAGCCAAGCUGGGUUUGCUGGAUGGGAAAAUUGAGAAGACUAAGACUGUUGUGCUUCAAAUAAAUGACACGCAGAGCAAGCUGAAGGAUGCAGCAACCAAAAGAAAGACCACAUUGGCAGCUGUGUAUCAGCAGAUGCGGGAUAUGUUGGACCAAGAAGAACGUCAGGCCCAGCAUGACGUGGACCACGAGCUGGACAUUUGCCAGAGAAAUCUUCGGGACCACAUGAAGAGGUUGACUGACAAUACUGUCAAAAUGACAAAAGCCAAAGAACAAAUCUACAGCCUGCUGAAUCAAUCCCAAACCUUGGCCUUUCUACAGGGUUCAACUGACUUCAAAGCUACAAAGUUUGAAGACCCUUCUGCCCCUCAAAUCACCCUGGACUCCAAGAAGGUGACGGCAACACAGGCCUUUUCGGCUCUCCUGAAGGAGCAUCUGACAGAGAUCCUUAAACAGCCUGUUGAGGCCAGACUACUCAUACUUAAACCAGUACUUAAGACUGAGAUCGUUGCAUCUGAUAAAAAAGCAGUUCCUGUCUCAGCACCUGCAAGUACUGGAUCUCAAACUGAAUCUGAAGUAAUCAAGCCUCCAAAGCCGAAAAGGCAGCCCAGGUCGCACAGUCCAGGUCGUCCACUCAUCAAUCCAUUAUUCCAGCCAGUUCCUGGACAAAUGUAUUCUUUUAUGGGGUCACAAGCAGGCUGGAAUCCACCUCAGUAUGUGCAGGGCCAGCCACCAGGCUCUUAUCAGGGUCCCCUAUUUAUGCCAGGACAAAACACAAAACAAGACAAAAGGCCCCACAAUGCUCCAGGAGGAAAUGUGCCAAACUCCUAUCACUUCUACAACCCCAGAAGAUAAAACCAACUAGACACCAUCCAUAGCCUAAUAAAAAUAACUGGCACUACUAUAUAUCUUAAAAAUCAUACACAUAUAUAUAUAAAGCCAGCCUUUGGCGCUUAUUUUGCAUUACUUUAUACAAUAGUCACUGGAUAUGCAGUUGCUUUAAAAUAAACAUUUCCAAGCAAUUUGAGAUCAGCAUUUGUUAAAUUGGUAAAUGAUUAACAAUAUAAUGAUGUCAUUAUUACCGUUUGGCUGCUGUGAUCUCUGACUCGGGAUCAUGGGAGCAGUUUCCCCCCUCAAAUUCUUCAAGAAAUGUAUAAUAUCACAAUUAAAGCACAGAGACAUGAUGCUUAUUUAUGAAAAUAUUUAUGGGAAUGUCUUCAAAUUCAAAAGAUCGCUUCAAUACAUUCAGUUCAAUCAAAAUCUGUUUUUGUCACCUGUAAUAACAAUUUCACCAAACCCUCUUUAUUUUUGUAAACUGCUAUGAUUUACAUGACUUACCAAUAAAAGCUUAUUCUCUCUUACUUUGUAUUCUCGUUCCUGUUUAGCAGAGGCCACAUAAGGACCAUAUCGUGGUCAAAGUCAAAUGUAUUAUGCUUCUGCACAUUCCUAUCAACUUUUAGGGUUCUCUUAUCUCUAUAGAUAUUUGACUGCAAAAAAAGUAAGCAUAUUCAAAUAUAUACAUCAACUAAUAAUCAAAGCAUUUUGGUACACAGUGAAAUUUGCCUUGAGAAACUGAGUAUAUAAAUACAGUUCUGUAUCUGCCAAGAUUUAACAAAUAAACUAACAGGAUUGAAAGGGAAACAUUCAAAACAACCAAUAACAUCACGGUCAUGUUGCUCCACCCUCAACAAGAAAACAAGUAAAGGUCUUUAGCCACGCUAGCAGACUUCUGCGAACACCUCAUCAGGCUCAGCUCUACGUUGUCAACUCUCAUCAGAUCAAAGCUGAAUAAUCAGGUUUUUGCUUCAGCCAGUUAGGGGCAUAACUCCACAACAAGCGACAUCCCACUUGGAUAUUAUGGCUUUACAAAGUUGCUAUUCCAAAUAUAUUACCAAACAAAAGCCUACUUAUCAUCCAGCAGAGCAAUAUAAGCAUUCAUUUGAAGUCAUGUUUCUGGCAACCUAACAACUAUAAGUACAAUAUUCACUCUCUUUGUAGCUGUUUUGGUCUAUAGCAGGGGUCCGCAAUCUUAGACACACUUGGCACGCGGUAGUUUAACCAAUGGCAUACGAGCAACAACUGUGCAAGACUUUUCUGGAAAUGUUGAUCGACCCGUAUUCUGCGAAAACUCGCCCUACUCUGCCUGUGAUGGGCUAGCACUCAUUGCCUUCUUCACAGAAUGCAGGUGGGAAAAAAAUAACGCAAGUAAAGAUUUGAGCAAACCAUCUCAGAUGUGGAGGUUUUACAUUACACAUAGUAAUUCUAUUCAUUGUUAAUAUAAAAAUAUUUAUGAGUGAAGCCUUAAGCUGCAACCAACACCUGUAUUUAGGUCCCACUCUGACUUGAGCUGGAGGCUAGCAUGUGCUGUCAUAUGUACAGUAAGGAUGUAUUGUGCUAAUAUUUAGCAUGUUAGCAUUUGUCUCAAACUACAGCUGAGGUUGAGAGAAAUCCGGUCAGUAAUUUACAUCGAGUAUCACGUCAAGUACUACAGUAUUUGACUAGCACAAAUGUGAUCCAUUGGUGGUUGUAGGAGCCAGGUAUGGCCUGUGUCAUUUUGUACACCCUUUUUUGUCACUUCCGGUAGUUGAGUCACAUGGUGUUGGGGAUAACAAUGAGGAUAUGUAGUUUAGUUGGAUGAAUGGAAGGAGAGGGGUUGAGAGAGGGAGUCUUAUUUGUUGUUGACCGCUAUAAACUAUUUUCACUACUAUUAUCAUUACUGGACGCUGUCGAUCACCCUUGUACAACAAGGAGAAGGCAAGUUUGAACACAAAGUUUGUUUGUCGUUUGUGGGUUUUGACUUUAUUAAAACACUAAACUGUGAAAAAUAAAAAUACAAACUCAGCCACUGGAUCCGCGAAUCAUUUACAACCAGCGCGUCCGCAGGUUAGUCUCUCCUACUUAUCCUCUCGCUGACUCAUUUUAAGUUGCCGAUAGUCACCAACUGUGGUGCUAACCAAAUACUCAGCAUCAACAAAAUCAUUAGGAUUCAUUAUUCAGGCGUCCGUCAAUAUUUUUACCAAAUUGCCGGACAAUUCAUUAAACGGUUAUCGAGGUAUUUCACUCUAAAAACAGUGUCUUGAACUAGAGCCAUGCUGCUAGCGUGGCUGAGAAACCUGACAGUAAAGCCCAGUUACAUUUAAGCUAUUUCAGUGCAACACAACUCUGGUAAACAUGAUGAUAAGGUAAAUGAUCAAACAGGUGUCCUUGAGCAAGAAGACAUUCACCAAACAAAUGGAGGGUGACGAAACCACAAGGCUUGGUUAUCUACCAAAGAGGUACAUAUUCCAAAAGCAUAGGCAUCCUGGGCUAAGAACUGAUCCCUGUUCAGCCUUAUGUGCAGCAUGUUGGCUCCAGGUUUAUAAGAAAGCAUAAACUAACAUACGACAGGCUUUUCUGAUAUGGCUGUGAGCAACAGGCAACCAUUCUGCAAUAAACAGGACCACCUCAAGUGGUAACAUUAACUUCCCUACAAGUUUUCGACUGACAAACACAAAUGACCUCUUGCACACAUUAGGUAGAGAACAAGGAAGAUGCAACUCAACUGAACACUACACAGAGAAGUACAUGCAAGUAACUGAUGGUAUUCAGUGUUAAACUGUAGCAGUUAAGGAGACAAGCUACAGAUAAUACUGUCUUUAGUCUGCCACCUUGUGGUGACUAUUUGUUAAACCACAAAUUAUGAAGUGCAAGAGGAUAACGUGAAUAACGUAAAACAACAACACGGGACAGCUUAAUCUCAUCAGCAGUUAUCACUAUUGGCAGCAACAUCAAGUGUCGGCAUUACGGUUCCAUGUAUAAAGCCUACAUCCUACGCAGUGUAAGGUAUUUAUCAGUAUAAGUGCCAAAACAGUGCAACACAAAAUAUGUAAACAGGAAGAAAAAUGUAAAGAAAAGGAAAAAACAAAAGGUUUUACAAGUAGGCAAAAGUUAAUUGGCAGUACUUUCAAAAUAAAGUCAGGCUGUUUCCUGUAGCUUUUACAGGAAAUAUAUAGUUUCAAGACUGUAUCGUCGUACAAUCUAGCAGUUUGGUGAGCUACUUAAGACGGCACCAUGAAGUAAGCAAACCAACACGUCCAGUGAUUAACAACACACUGCCGUUGUAACAGAGCCCUUGCUCCAUCAGAUUCAGAGACCUUUUGGCUUUCACACACAUUUCAAAGCCUUAUCUUGCAAAUGCAGGAGACACUUUAAAACCAAAAUCACGGUGAUUUGGAGCCUGAAGGGGGAAUUUAACAGAUAAUCUGAGCAGUUUAACAUUUCACACAAAAUGUUUUUGCUCUUUCUGGAGUUAAAAAAAAAAAAAAAAAAAAAAAAAAAAA